AUGGCGAGCGAAGAUUCCCUAGCACCCCGCGUCGUGGGCGCCAACAUCGCCAUGAUGACCGUGUCGUCGCUAGCCAUCGCGGGCCGCGUGACGGUGAGCGCCGUGACGAUGAGGAACUUUUGGAUCGACGACGCAAUGUCGGUCGUCGCAUGGCUGUCUCUGAUGGCGCUACUUAUUCUUGUAAUUCUAAUGACCACGGUCGGGUUCGGCUCCCAUUUUGAAGACAUCAGCCCAGAAAUGCUCGAGAUGUACCUGCGGUACGGCCUUCCGACAUUCUCGCUCUACGUCCUCGGCUCCCUCACGGCCAAGCUCGCAUACGCCUUCUACUACCUCCGGCUCUUCUCGGACCGGCAACAUACCCUGCUCAACCACGCCCUGAUCGUGUUCCUGGUCCUUCAGGGGCUGGGCGAGGGCAUCACGUCGCACCUCAUGUGCACUCCGUUCUCCAAGGCCCUCGUCCCGACGAUACCCGGCACGUGCAGCAACGUGGGCGCUUUCUAUCUUUCUUUUUUUGGCAUAAAACUCUUCACCGACGUCGUCCUCUUUGUGCAACCCAUCCCAGUACUAUGGGGGCUGAGGCUGUCGGCCGGCAAGAAGACGGCCAUGUUUGCCCUGGUAUCCCUCGGCAUGUUUGUUUGUAUCUUCUCAGUCGUCCGCAUCAGACUCGUCCCGCUUCUUUACACGGGCGACGACCCAACAUACACCAUCGUCGACGCCAUGCUCUGGUCCGAGGUCGAGAUAUUCAGCCUCAUCGUGUGCGAGUGCGUCCCCGCGCUGCGGAAGCUCGGGGCGCGGAUGGGCCCGGUGGUGGCGGCGCUCGUCUUCGUGACGGCGACGGCGAGCAAGCCGACCAACGCCAACAGCAACGACCAGCCGUCGGGUGGAGGAGACGCGGGCGACGGCGGGUCACGGCGCAAGCGCCGGGGCGGCAGGUGGCGCGGGAGCCGCACCAGCUCAAAGUACGCGGGCGGCGGCGGGUCGUCGGCGUCGUCAUCGCGGGGCAGCAGGUUCGGGGUCACGAGCCUGGUGUCGGCGACGAGGCGGUCCGACAACAAUGACAGCUUCGGCGUCGGCCAGUUGUCGGCCCGCACCAUCGUCGGGCAGCCCGAGCCGCCCGAGCCGACGCACGGGUCCAUCAUGGUGACGAGGGACAUCGAGAUCGGCAUCGAGGUGAACGAGAGCGCGGACGAGGAUGACGACGACGACGACGACGACGACGGUGAUGACUACACGGAGCAGGGCGACGACGACGUGUCGGACUGGGAGGCCGGCGGCCGUCGGCGGCGCCGUCCAUCGUCGCUGUCGCUCGGGGCAAAGCCCGUGGAGCCGCUAGAGCCCGUCUAACAGGUACGGACUGUGUGUGGAGUUGGGGCGUGUAUAGGCUCCCAACAGCAAGAGAGAAUGGAAUCUUGGCCUCAAGGCCCAGCACCUCACUGGGCACCUCCUAUUUACCUCGGCGCAUGUUGGCUUGCUGCAUUCUUGCCUCUUUAGUGCUGCCAUUUUCUUCCGCCAGACAUGCUCAUGUCCUCCACGCUGUAGAGAGACUCACAUCACUGCCACCUACGCAAGUCCACAACGGUGAUGGAAGCCCGGCCGAGAGGGACGAGGCGGGGCCACGGCAUGAUGGCAACCACAACCCCAGAUAUGUAAGAUAGAAUAGCGACAACGAACACGCUGAUUCUUUUGCUCGUGGAAGCCAAAGGCUCCAAUAUGUACGUUUCUUUGCGUGACUGGUAGCGACCAAGACACUGGCGGG